AUGACUUCCAUGGCAGCGGAAUCUGCCACGACCAUCCUCUGCACAGCCCAGCAGACGCGAUUUCACAUCGACUCCCCAAACUACCGAGAGCUCCAUGUUCAGGGUCUGCACAUUCUCGUGACGUCCGGCGGCAAGGAUUCGUCCACGCCAAAGACCAGGUCCAAGCGCCCCGACGGCCUCGAGAUUCUGUCCAAUGCCAAACUUCUCCUGAAAGAAGGACGGAGAUAUGCACUCGUCGGCCGUAACGGGACUGGAAAGUCCACGCUGCUCCGGGCCAUUGCGGACAAGCUCAUUCCUGGAAUCCCCGAAGGCACCAGAAUUGCCAUCCUGCAGCAGACGAAGCUGAUGGAAGAUGACGGAGAUGAAAAGCCAGGCGAGGGGCAUAAGCCGCAAGCCAGCGUGCUUCAGGAGGUCAUUGACCGGGCCACGGCGCAGGAUACCAUCGAACAGGAAAUUAAAGCUCUUUCCGAGGGUGUUGAUGCCUCUGACCCGCUGGGGCCGGUACGAGCCUUGCGCUCUCUCAAGCAUCACCGUUUGCAGAAACGCCUCUUCCGCAUGGACAAAGAGGCCAGGCUGAGAAGUGGUGCUCGAGGUGUGCAGGCCAGGAAAGCCCUGGUGGCUUUCGAAAAGGUCGUUGCCGAAUCGGAUGCCAUGAUCAACCAGUCGAGCGACGACAUCUCACCCGGAACGCGGCAGGCAGAAACGCAGGAAGCCGCCGACAUGCUUGCCGAGCUUCAGAUCCACCUCGAACCGUCACGCAUCGCACAGACGGAAACGAGGGCCAGAAGCGUCAUGGCCGGUCUUGGAUUCACCGAGGAGCGCAUGCGCAAGCCCGUCUCGAGCAUGUCUGGGGGCUGGCACAUGCGAGCGGCUCUGGCAGCGGCUCUGCUACAAGACGCCGACUUGUUGAUUCUCGACGAGCCGACCAACUUUCUAGACCUGCUGGGCAUCGUUUGGCUGCAGCGAUACCUGCAGCGUCUUGCUGAGGGGGAGCAGCCCCCUACCGUCAUCAUCGUAUCACACGACCGCGACUUCAUGUCCGUGUGUACGGAUCUGAUGCUGCUCAAGGACAAGAAGCUCACCUACUUCCACGGCGACUUGCCGACGUACGAGGCCUCACAGGCACAACGUAAGCUGUGGCUGCGGAAGAUGAAGGCGGCGCAGGCCAAGCGGCGAGCGCACAUGGAGAAGACGAUUGCUCAAAACAUCAAGGCCGGCAAGGCCAACGACGACGGCAACAAGAUCCGCCAGGCAAAGUCACGCCAGAAGAAGCUCGAUGACCGUAUGGGGAUGCAGGUCAAUGCCAAGGGGCACCGCUUCAAGCUCAACCGCGACCUGGUCGGAUACUCCUUCACUCGUCGCGAAGACAUCGACAUUCCCGCCGACGAACGCCCCGUGGUCAUGGCCCUGCCAGAGCCGCCGGACCUGCGGUCCCCCGGCUCUCUCGUGUCCCUCGACGGCGCCUCGUACCGCUACGGCCCGCGGCUGCCCCUUGUCGUCGACAGCAUCAGCCUCACCGUCGGGAUGGGCGACCGCAUCGGUAUCCUCGGUCUCAACGGAAGCGGCAAAACCACCCUCAUCAGGAUGCUCGUUGGUGAGUCGCGCCCUACGACGGGCAGCGCCACCACCCAUCCGCGUCUGAGGCUGGGCUAUUACUCGCAGCACGCUGUCGAGGCCCUCAAGGCCCUGGGCAAGGAGGAUAGUACCCUGACCGCCCUGGGACUUCUCACCCGCGAAGUCGACGGCCAAAUGGGCGAGGGCGAAAUCCGCGGCUUGCUGGGCGAGCUCGGCCUCCCCGGUCGCAUCGCUUCUGACACGCCCGUGUGCAAACUCUCUGGGGGGCAGCUUGUGAGGUGUGAGCUCGCACGAUUGUUCUGGAAACGUCCUCAUUGCUUGAUUCUCGACGAAGUCACCACCCACCUGGACUAUGAGACGGCGACGGCGCUGCGAAUCGCAGUGUACAGUUGGGACGGCGCAGUCGUCCUGGUCAGUCACGACAGGUGGUUCUUGAGGGGUGCGGUGGAGGGCAACUUGGGUGCGGACAGCGAUGACAGUGAGCAGAGUGACGACGACGGCGACGACGGCGACGCGCCGCGGAGGAGGAUCAUGUACAGGCUGAAGGGGGGAAACAUGACGGCGCUGGACGGUGGCGUGGAUGAGUUUGAGAAGUCAAUGGAGAGGAAGGUGAAUAAACUGCUUGUCCAGUGA